AUGUAUGAACAAGAGAUAUUAGCUCUGCGACCAAGCAAACUCGGGGCAAAGGAAAAAUUGACCUGGCUACCCGCUAAGGAUGGAGAAUACAACAUCAAAACAGGGUACCAGGAAGUAGUAAGAUCAAAGGGUCCAACUAACACACAGUCACCUGGACUGCACAACUUUAACUGGAUCACAGGGCUCUGGAACCUACAAUGUGCACCAGAGAUCAAAUUCUUUUUAUGGAAAGCUCUGCACAAUGCCAUUCCGGUAGGAAGUAACUUACAAGAGUGUGGUAUUAAUCCGACAGCGAACUGCCCUCACAGUGGAAACGAAGAGACUGGGGUACACCUCCUCUUUCUAUGCCCCUUUGCCGUGAAGGUGUGGGAUCUGGCCCCUUUCAAGGCCUCUGUUGGUUCUCCCCAGAUACCAUCCAUUCAAGCGGGAUUUGAACGUCUACUACAAUCGAUUUGCCUUCCCCCAGUGGGACUCAGUCAAGGACCCCUUUUUCCCUGGAUUAUCUGGACCCUAUGGACAAAUCGAAACAAAAAGAUUUUUGAGAACAAACAGAUGGCUAGUACUGAAGUAAUGACACAAGCUAUACUUCAGGCAAAAGAGUGGAACGCUAAUCAGAUCUCAGCGAAAACAUCUACCCAUUUACCUCGAUCUGAGAUGAUACAGGAACGGAAAGCUGAUACAGUACGGUGUUCCUCAGAUGCAGCCUGGAGGGAGGAUACCAAACAAGCGGGUUUAGGCUGGAUCUUCGAAGAACAAUUCCCUUUCCCGGAACAACAAGGUCGAUCCACGGCAGAGAAAGUCAGUUCGCCUCUGGUUGCAGAGGCACUGGCGAUGAGGACGGCUCUUCAUUAA